AAAUUAUCUCUCCUCAUAAUUCGAAUCCUGACCCUUCACCGCAAUCACCCUUAGCUCGAAAAAUAAUUACCUAUAAUUUGAGUCAUGCAUGCCAGAUAGGCAGAAACUGUAUUGUCCGCGUAUAUAAUAAACCUCAAAUGCUGUAACGUUCAAUGCCUCACUGGAGUCUGAGGAGUGAGGAAACCACUUCAUUGAUCUUUGUCCUGUGUCAAAGCAGAGGAUCACUUGUGUGAGAGAAAAUUUCUGACUAAAACAUACAGUAACUGUUACCUCAACCAUGAAUUCAAGGACACUGAUUCAUGCACUUUGGUGUUUUGCUCUAUGUGUGGCAUGCACAUUCAUUCAAAUCCCAAGUGGAAAUGGCUCAUACUCUUCUUCUAGCAAGUGCAGCUAUCCAGCAGUUUACAACUUUGGGGACUCAAAUUCAGACACUGGAGUUGUAUAUGCAGCAUUUGCAGGGUUGCAGUCUCCCGGUGGCAUAAGCUUCUUUGGAAACCUCUCAGGAAGAGCCUCUGAUGGCCGUCUCAUUAUAGAUUUUAUCACUGAAGAAUUGGAGAUUCCAUAUCUCAGUGCAUAUUUGAACUCUAUUGGGUCCAAUUACAGGCAUGGUGCAAACUUUGCAGCUGGAGGCGCGUCUAUUCGUCCUGUUUAUGGUUUUAGUCCAUUCUACCUUGGGAUGCAAGUGGCUCAGUUCAUACAGCUCCAGUCACACAUUGAGAAUCUCCUCAAUCAGUUCUCUAGCAACAGGACAGAACCACCUUUUAAGAGUUAUCUUCCCAGGCCUGAGGACUUCUCUAAGGCCCUUUACACCAUUGAUAUUGGACAGAAUGAUCUUGGCUUUGGUCUAAUGCACACUUCAGAGGAAGAGGUUCUAAGGUCAAUUCCUGAGAUGAUGAGAAAUUUCACCUACGAUGUGCAGGUAAGUAACCCCAAAAGCCUUGUUGACAUGAUCAGAUUGCGAUUUGGAUAUGGAACUAACAUUGUUAUGGAUAAAUUUCAGGUGCUAUACGAUGUAGGGGCAAGAGUUUUCUGGAUUCACAACACUGGUCCUAUUGGAUGCUUGCCCACCAGUAGCAUUUUCUAUGAGCCCAAGAAAGGUAACUUGGAUGCCAAUGGCUGUGUGAUACCUCAUAACAAGAUCGCUCAGGAAUUCAACAGACAGCUCAAGGACCAAGUUUUUCAGCUAAGGAGGAAUCUCCCAAAAGCAAAAUUCACAUAUGUUGAUGUGUACACUGCCAAAUAUGAACUAAUCAGCAAUGCAAGCAAGCAAGGUUUUGUGAAUCCAUUGGAGGUCUGCUGUGGCAGUUACUAUGGUUACCGCAUAGAUUGUGGGAAGAAAGCAGUAGUAAAUGGAACAGUUUAUGGCAAUCCAUGCAAAAAUCCUUCACAACAUAUUAGCUGGGAUGGAGUACACUACACCCAAGCAGCAAACAAGUGGGUUGCUAAACACAUUCGCGAUGGCUCCUUAUCUGACCCACCAGUUCCAAUUGGGCAGGCAUGUCUCUGAGCAUAAUCAUAUUGCUAUGCUAUUAGCUAAGCACUUAAUAUAAGAAAUAGUACAAAGUAUUAUGUAAAUUAUCAAGUUGUUAUUUCAAUGAAGAAGCAAUCUGUGUUAAGAGUUGGGAAGAUGUGCACAUGAUUAGGAGCAUAUAUAUCAUAAUUUAUGUUCUUGUGUGUAAAAGCAAAUAUAAAAGGGAAAGGGGGAAUGUAAUAUAUCCUCUCUUUUUUUGUUUUUCUUUUGA